UUCUCGCUUCAGUUGUGGUCGUGGAGCUCGGAGUAAUUUUAAUUAAAUGUUGUAGAUAAUAGCGCAGUCUAAAAACUGAAAUUAAACCCUAUUCAUUAAAAUAAGUCCUAAAGUGACAAUAUCAUAAAAAAGCUGUGUGAUUUCAUCUCACCGGCAUGAUUUUACUCAGAAAUGUCAGAGAUAAAGUAUAAAAAAGAAAUUUUGUCAGCGAUCGACCAUUUGCGUUCAAGGAAAUCGAGACCAGACAUCAACCGAAUUUGCAAGUUUAUGUUAAAGUGCUACAAAGUUGCUCCUAAAUACACUAAAGCAGAUCUGAAACGUUGUCUGAAAGAGAAGAGUAUUUAUAAAGUUGAUUAUAAAGAUAAUGAAAGCUACAGAAACGCUGCAAAGUGGCGAAGGAAAACAAGUCAAAACAACAAAAUGUCAACAGCAAUAGCAACAAGUGAGCGACGAAUAAUUACCUCGGCGAUAGCCACUUUGAUCUAUCAAGAUCAAAGCUAUCUUGAGAAUGGGAUUGCAUUUGAUGAUCUAGUACGGGAAGCUGCUUCCCAAGAAUCUAAAUACUCAAAGAAACAGUUGGAGACCAUUGUCAAUAAAGAGUUGUCUUCGGGGAGCCUUGUCAAGCUACCAAAUGGAAAUUUGGCAUUGGGCCCUGCGGAUCAUGAUGGUGACAGUUCAGACAGCUUUAAGUUUGACUACAAUGUUGAGUCAAAUACUAAGAUGACUUCUUCAGCAAAUUCUUCAUGUCGAUCAUCACCACAACGGAUGCGGGGACGGCCCAAGAAACGCGGCGGCGGCUCCUCCAGCACUGGGCCGAGCAAUAGCAUGACUAGAAACGCCGGCGUACGAGUUGGUGAAAGGCGAAAAAUGGCUAAGAAAGUCUUUGACCCAUCCGACAACAAUGUCCCAAGCAAACGCAAAAGAGGAAGGCCUGUAGGAUCCCUCAACAAGAGCACUAUUAAAAAACGCCUUCUAAUCACGGGACAGGGAAGUAAGGACAAAGAAGGCACACCCCUCUCAGAAAGCCAAAUGUCUUUAGACGGAAGUGGCGACGAACUGGAGCAAGAUGAACCUACACCCCAUGAGACUUCAGGAGGUGUUUGCUCAGUGUGCCAUAUUCAGAAGUCCCGCGGGUCUAGUGACAGGCUGAUUGAAUGCAGAGACUGCAAUAAUAAGGCACACUUGAAUUGUCUGCACUCGGGGUCUGGCAUAUUGAAACCCAGACCAGAUAAUACCUGGCAAUGUCCACAUUGCAAAACUUGUGUAGUAUGCUGUGAAACCAAUGAUGCAGGAAUAUUAACAGUAUGCAGCAUAUGUUCAGAUGCAUAUCACGCGCUUUGCCACACUCCUCGUAUUCCAGAGCGUCAGAAAGCGUGGGAUCAAUGGGAAUGUAACAAUUGCCUGGAGUCUCGGCCCACAGUUGUUGGUUCCCCAGCUAUCAUUCCCAGCAGCCUAGAAUACAGUAUUCAAGAUUCGCCUCCCGUCGAACCGUUCUUAAAACCCCACGAGUUGGACAGAUCUGAAUCUAAACUUGGGAAAGAGGUGCCUGUGGAUCCUAGGAUACCUGAUAUCACUAAUUGGACUACAGACGAUGUCUAUGAUUACUUUAUGGAGAAUUUCGCAGAAGCUGCUCCAUUGCUAAAGGAACAGGAAUUCGAUGGACAUGCGUUGAGCAUGGCACGGCGAGCUGACAUCGUGCGAGGCUUGGGACUGCCCUUAGGACCAGCGCUUAACUUAUACCGUAUUGUAGUCAAGCUACAAACGAGGAAAGAUGACUGGACUAUGUGUUGGGGUUAGUAAGUGCAUCACGCUGUUAAACUCCCGCUUGUCACAGUACUUAGCGCGGCUGGAAUUGUAGGUAAAACCGCUGCGUCACAUUAGUGCUCAUAAUAUUUUUAGUUCUUCGUAACCCCCACCGAAUCGCACGAUCCAGCAGACGCCCUUAAAUAAAUAUGUAAUAACUUGUCACCAAAUAUUCGCAAACCGUAUUGCAAAGGCGUAAGUACCAGGACCAGAGAGCUAAUUAAGAAAAACGGUACGAGUAGGUUCAGUCUCCAUCAAAAGUGGCAUCAGAUAAGGGUGAAGUCAGUCUAGCCGCAUUUUACCUCGUUCUGAAUCGUUAUGAUUAUGAAUUAGGCCUCGGUCGUUUAAACCCGCGGCGCUGUAUGACAGCAUACACAGAACAGUUUAAAAUGUUCAGGAGUAGUUGUUACAAUCUGCAGCGAGUAUAGUCACUGCCAAUAACAUAGUACAUGGCUGCAUAAAUAUCUGACACAUUCUUAUGUGUCUAGUAGAAAUAAGAUUCUGUCACAUAUUUUUGACGCCUUUUUGUGCCAUGUUAUUGCCGGUUACUGUGUGUAGACACGUCGGUAGAGAAUGACCGCUCUCGAACAUUUGUAAACACCCUACAGGCGCGUGCGGACAACGGGCCGUUGCCCAACGCUGACGACGAGACGGAAAGACGACUUCUUACUAAGGCCGAUAGUACAGUAUCAUAUAUCUUAUCAUAUGUCUGUAUACUCUGUAUGCCUCCCUUUUUCUCCAACGUGAAGAAAAAGGACGGUAAGUUGUCUAUGAUCAUAUUUAUAUUAUGAUAGCGUAAUAUCGGCCUAAUGCUUAAAAUAAGGCGGUGUUUAGACAGGGACUGAAUUUAUUGCCAUUCAGUUAA